UUUAUGUAUGCGAUUUCCAUAUUUAUAAGUAGCUAACAACGGCCCAAUUUUAUUGAUUUGAAUCACGCAAAUGACCUUAAAUUUUCACGUGGACAAUUUGAAGUACUCCAUGAACAUUCUUUCUGCUUUCCUCGUUUUUCUGACGAUCUUCAAUGGUCUUAAAAUUGCCGCCCAAACUUGUUCUCAGACGGCCGGAAACUUCACCGCCAACAGUACCUACGCCGCGAACAGAGCUCUCCUCUUCUCUAAACUGUCCACCAACAUCACCUCAAGCUAUGGCUUAUUCAUCAACACCACAGUAGGCCGGGGCGUGGACAAAAUCUAUGGAAUUGCCCUUUGCAGGGCCGAUUCGACCUCUGAAACUUGCACCAAAUGCGUCACUACCGGAACUAAAAACCUCACAGAUGUUUGCCCAAAUCAAAUGGAAGCCAUCGUUUGGGCAAGUGAGGGCUCCGUUCCCUGUAUCGUCAGGUAUUCAAACCGAUCCUUUUUCGGAGAACUGGAGUUUUCUCCUAACACCAUAGUUGCUAGAACGGAUGUGUUCGAAGCGGAUGAAGUAAGCCCGUUUAGGAAGAUUUUGGAUCCUCACGUCUCCAGCUUAAUAGCUAAUGCUUCUCAGGGGACGAAGAUCAAGUAUGCUUCCGGCCAAACGAAUUUACCGAGCUUUCAAACAAUAUACGCGACGGCGCAGUGCACUCCAGAUCUGUCUCAAUCUGAUUGUGGCUCUUGUUUGACGAGAAUUGUGGGUGAUUUUCAGAGCUGUUGCGGUAAAAACAAAGGAGGAGCUUCCUAUAAUCCGAACUGUUUGUUUCGCUGGGAUCUGUAUCCCUUCUAUAACUCUUCCUUUACUGUUUCUACUCAGCCGCCUCCGCCUGUGGCUUUAUCUCCGACGGCCCUGCUUUCUCCUCCCGCUGCCAAUUCAACGAAUUCCGAAAAUCGGAAGAGCAGAUCUCGGACUAUUCUGUUUGUUGGAGUAGCAAUUGCAUUUGCGUUAUUGGUGCUUGCUGCUGUGGUCAUUUUCAGGCGAAAGAAGCAAAAGUCAGGAGGUAUUGGUAGGUUGAUUUCAGAGACGAAGGGGGAUAACGUUGGGGCAGAGUGCUUGCAAUUCGACCUUGCCACUAUCAGAAUUGCCACUAACAGCUUCUCCGAUCACAACAAGCUCGGUGAAGGAGGGUUCGGUCCUGUUUAUAAGGGUGUGCUCAUAAACGGGGAGACUAUAGCGGUGAAAAGAUUGUCCAGAAAUUCAAAACAGGGAGAAGAUGAAUUUAAGAAUGAAGUGAUUUGUGUUGCAAGAUUACAACAUCGAAAUCUAGCUAGACUUAUGGGAUUUUGCUUGGAAGGAACCGAAAGGCUUCUUAUAUAUGAGUUCUUUUCCAACUCAAGUCUUGACCGCGUAGUAUUUGAUGCACACAAGCGUGGAAGGUUGGAUUGGGAGAUGCGCCAUAAAAUAAUUGUAGGAAUAGCUAGGGGACUUGUUUACCUUCAUGAAGAUUCUCAACUUCGGAUCAUUCAUCGUGAUCUCAAAGCUAGUAACAUUCUAUUAGAUGAGAACAUGAAUCCCAAAAUCUCAGAUUUUGGAAUGGCAAGAUUAUUCGAAUCAGACGAUCAAACGGGAGAUGUCACUACUCGAAUCGUCGGAACUUGUGGCUAUAUGGCUCCAGAAUAUGCAUUCCACGGUGAAUUCUCAAUCAAAUCUGAUGUUUAUAGCUUCGGAGUGUUGUUGCUUGAGAUAAUCACUGGUCAAAUGAUUCAGAAGUUUCAUGGUGGAGAAGCGGGGCAGGACCUUGUGAACUAUACAUGGAAAAUGUGGAGUGAAGGAACAGCAUUGGAUCUCGUUGAUCCCACAAUAUCAUUGUUUAGUAUUUCCACGAGUGAUAUAUUGAGGUGCAUCCAUAUUGCAUUAUUGUGUGUGCAAGAAAAUGUGGGAAAUAGACCAACUAUGACGACAGUGCUUCUAAUGCUUAGUAGCACCUCAUUUAUCAUGCCAAGACCAUCAAGACCUGCAUACAUUCUUGAGUCUACGACGCAUCAACACACAUCAUCAUCGUUGUCAGCUGCCCAUAGCAACUCACACUCUACUCCACCUCGAUCUAGUAGUCAUGUUGAAAGAAGCUCUAGGAAUGAUGUUUCUAUAUCAGAGCUAGAACCUCGAUAACCCUACACACCUCUUGUUUGAUCAUUGUAAUAAUGGACAUAGUAUAAGUGAGUGUAUAAUUUGUAUAACUUUGUCUUAUUAUACAAAAAAGUGCAGAGCUAUUGGUUAUGUAU